UUGAACCUUUUUUUUUUUUACGGGGGGUCACUACCUUUGCAUCUAUACACAUAUUGACACAUAUCAUGGAAGAUCCCAAAUAUCCUAUUCCAUUUCCAAUUCAGAGGAUGGCAAUUCCAAGAGAGGGACAUCUAGAUGAUGAUUUUCUUUUUGUAGUAGCAAAAGAUGAAUCUUGAAUUUGAAACCCAAUCAGAUCCCUAGGUUUCCUUCAAACCUAGACAGGAUCGGUAAAGAAAGAGGCUACAUCGCCCCAACGACGGUGGCUAUCGGUCCUUACUACCAUGGCAUGGCGGCGUCCGAACUCAAAUUGAUGGAAGAAAUCAAGCGCACGGCCGUGGACUACUUCUUUCAAGGGGUGGACAAGUCGCAGGAGGCAACCUACGGGGAGAUCAAAUCCAUGGCUGGCCAUGCCCGCUGCUGCUACAACGACACACAUGCGCUUCGACACAUCACUAAUGAUGAGUUUGCUGAGAUAAUGCUCGUUGAUGGGUGCUUUUUGGUGCAGUUCAUUGACACCCUGCUUGGUAGGAGCGGAGAUGCUUCUUUCAGACGUCUCAUCCAUCCGCAUACUAUCGGCGUAUUGAGGGACAUGAUGCUGUUGGAGAACCAGAUCCCCUGGGCGGUGAUGGAGGUCCUGAUGCCCCUUAAGAGCUUGAAGGUGGAUGAUGUCAUCCGUUUACUGGUGGACAACUGCCUUCAUGGCACCACGUCAAACACUGAAACUGAAGAUUUGGUCAUUAGCAUCGACAAGGAUUACAAACCAUCACAUCUCCUUUGCCUCAUCCGGUUCUUUGAAGCAGCUGGCAACAUCUGCACAGGUGUUUCUUCAAACAGGUCAUCGGCUGCCCGCCUCUCCGGUAAGGCAGUACCCAUAUAUACCAGUGCAGCGGAGCUGGCAGAGCUAGGCAUCGAUCUGGAAGCCAGCCGGAGAAGGCAGUUCUCGGCCAUGGCCAUGGAGAAAGGCCCCUCCUUGUUCGCCAAGCUCUUCCUGGCGCCGCUGAACCUGGACGCCACCAUCUACUGCUGGCUCGUCAACAUGGCGGCGUUCGAGAUGUGGACAGAGACGGCGUGGGAGGAUUGCUCCGUGAACUCGUACCUCUCCGUGCUGUCGCUGCUGAUGCACCGGGAGGAGGACGUGCGCGAGCUGCGCGUGAAGCGCAUCGUGCACGGCACCUCCAGCGACCGGCAGGCCCUCGAGUUCUUCAAGGACCUGGCCCCAGGCGUGUCGGAAGGCAACGCCUACUGGCGACUCAUCGGAAGCCUCGAGGAGUACAGGCAGAAGAGGUGGCUGUGGAUCGCCAUCUACAGGUUCGUCUACAAGAACUCGAAAACCAUCGCUACGGUGCUGUCCACUGUCGGCGUGCUGGUGGGCAUCUUCAAGGCUCUACUCUCUCUCAAGCAGCAACCAGCAGCUUAUUAAACGGCUCAUGCACGAUUGCUCGUGAACUGUAUCAUUUCAAUCUGAGUUUCCUAAAUGGCAUUGCUAACUAGCUGCGCCUACUCCGUAUCAAGUGUAUCAAAGUGUGUUCCCCAUGUAU